ACGGGUCCGCGGCCCGGGCCCACGGUGUUGUCAUUCCGCUGCAUCUAGAGGACACGGGCAAGAUGGCGGCUGUGUCUGGGCUGGCGCGGAGACCCCUGCAGCAGGUCUCGGGACUGCUGAGGAGGCGCUUCCACCGGACGGCGCCCGCGGCGCUCCAGGUAACAGUUCGUGAUGCUUUAAAUCAAGGUAUGGAUGAGGAACUGGAAAGAGAUGAGAAGGUAUUUCUACUCGGAGAAGAAGUUGCCCAGUAUGAUGGGGCAUACAAGGUUAGUAGAGGCCUGUGGAAGAAAUACGGAGAUAAGAGGAUCAUAGACACACCCAUCUCUGAGAUGGGCUUUGCUGGAAUUGCUGUAGGUGCAGCUAUGGCUGGAUUGCGGCCCAUUUGUGAAUUUAUGACCUUCAAUUUCUCUAUGCAAGCCAUUGACCAGGUUAUAAACUCAGCUGCCAAGACCUACUACAUGUCAGGGGGCCUUCAGCCUGUUCCCAUAGUCUUCAGGGGGCCCAAUGGUGCCUCAGCAGGUGUAGCUGCUCAGCACUCUCAGUGCUUUGCUGCCUGGUAUGGGCAUUGUCCAGGCUUGAAGGUGGUCAGCCCCUGGAAUUCAGAGGAUGCAAAAGGACUUAUUAAAUCGGCCAUCCGGGAUAACAAUCCAGUGGUGGUGUUAGAGAAUGAAUUGAUGUAUGGCGUUCCUUUCGAACUUCCCACGGAAGCUCAAUCAAAAGAUUUUCUGAUUCCUAUAGGAAAAGCCAAAAUAGAAAGGCAAGGGACACAUGUAACUGUAGUUUCCCACUCCAGACCUGUGGGCCACUGCUUAGAGGCUGCAACAGUGCUCUCUAAAGAGGGAAUUGAAUGUGAGGUGAUAAAUAUGCGUACCAUUAGGCCAAUGGACAUGGAAACAAUAGAAACCAGUGUCAUGAAGACAAAUCAUCUUGUAACUGUGGAAGGAGGCUGGCCACAGUUUGGAGUAGGAGCAGAAAUUUGUGCCAGGAUCAUGGAAGGCCCUGCAUUUAAUUUCUUGGAUGCUCCUGCCGUCCGUGUCACUGGUGCUGAUGUCCCUAUGCCUUACGCAAAGAUUCUAGAAGACAACUGUGUACCUCAGGUUAAAGACAUCAUAUUUGCAAUAAAGAAAACACUGAAUGUCUAGUUUAGACUUGACCUUCAAGUCAUUGGUAUUUACUUACAAUAAUUGCUGACACUUUACACCUGGAUCGAAUUGUAAGAUCUUAUGAAUCAUAAAAUCAUCUUUAAAGCAACAAUGCAGAUGUUUUUGUAUGGGAAGAUGCUUAAAUAUGCUUGGUUUGUGGAAAAACUCUCCACUCUCCUGUCUAAGACUCCAUUUUUUUUGGUCUGUUACAGUUUCUAUAUUCUUUGAAUAAGACUAAUUGUAAAAUUUUGCCCUCAUUAGAAGGACAAAAUCUGAAUAUGUAAAAAUAAUGAAUAUAAUCUGCAUUUACUGUAAAUUUUGAUAAGGAAUAAAGAAAUUCCUAACUAA